AUGUCCGAAGAACUCCAGGACGAGGUUGAAGCCAUCAACUCCAUCUACGGCGACGGCAGCCUCGUCCCUACCGAGAGCGACACCACCGUCUUCAUCCUCAACCUCCCCGGUGACGCCUCCUCCCUCCGCGUCCGCUUCCCGCAAGAGUACCCCUCCAAACCCCCCUCCGUCCUCGGCACGCAUCACAGCUCCGGCGGCGUGAGGGGUGCCGGCGCGAGGGACCUUAAACUCUUUCGUGAAGCUUUGGAGAGUGUGUUUCAAGAAGGUCUUGUGUGUUUAUUUGAUGCUGUUGAGGAGUUUACGAGGCGUUCUGAGGAGGAGGCUGAGGAAGAAGCACCGACUGCACCCUCACCACCACCAGAAGAGUAUGAGAUAGAAGAACCAUCUUUCCCGCCCCCGGAAUGGAUCCUCUCAGAACCCAUCACAGACUCCAAGUCAACAUUUAUAGCACACGUCGCGCGCGUCACGUCGCCGGACCAGGCGCGACACUACGUGCAGGUGCUCCUGGCAUCCGACAAGCGCAUCCGCGCCGCAACGCAUAACAUGACGGCGUGGCGCAUCAAGGGCCCCGGGGCAGCGAGCUUCCAGGACUGCGACGAUGAUGGCGAGGCCGCCGCGGGGGGCAGACUGUUGCAUCUCAUGCAGGUCAUGGAUGUCUGGGAUGCCAUGGUCGUGGUGACGAGGUGGUAUGGCGGCGUGUUGCUGGGACCUAAGAGGUUUGCCCUCAUCAACGCCGUUGCGAGGGAUGGCUUCGUGAAGGCUGGCUUGGUCGAGGAGAAGAAGAAGGGAAAGUAA